AUGGCUUUAAGCGCGAAAAGUAAACACGCAAUUCACGUAAUUUUAUUUAUUUUAUGGUUAUUUCUAUUUGAAAUUAUUUGUGGCGCUUUACCGUUUUCAUACGAACGACAAUUUAUCGAUAAUCAAACAUCGCCAAUUCAGAGGUAUGGCUACUUGGGUGCAUUUCUGCUAUACGCGCUACGAAUUGCUUCAUUAUUGGCUUUACCACAAACAAUUUUUAAUACGCUCGGGUUGAUAUUUUUUAAUGGUUUUAAAGAGAAAGUGAAACUAAAAGCUUCACCACUUUUAGCGCCAUUCAUUUGUUUUCGUGUUGUUACUCGUGGCGAUUAUCCUGCACUUAUAAAGAAAAAUCUUCAUUAUAAUAUUGAAAUUUGUCGAGAAGCUGGUAUGGAAAAUUUCUUUUUUGAGGUGGUCAGUGAUAAGCCUAUUAAUUUGCCAACUCUGUCGAAAUUACGUGAAGUUGUUGUUCCUUCUUCAUAUAGGACUAAAAGUGGUGCAUUAUUUAAAUCACGUGCAUUACAAUACUGUCUUGAAGACGAUGUUAAUAUUUUGCAAAACAAUGAUUGGAUCGUUCAUCUGGAUGAAGAAACUUUAUUGACUGUAAACUCGGUUUGUGGUAUAUUAAAUUUUUGUGAAGAUGGUAAGCAUCAGUUUGGUCAAGGUGUCAUUACUUAUGCUAACGGCGAAAUUGUAAACCUAAUUACUACAUUAUCAGAUUCAUUGAGAGUAGCUGAUGAUAUGGGUAAAUUGCGAUUUCAGUUUCAUUUCUUCCAUAAACCACUUUUCGGUUGGAAAGGCUCUUUUGUUGUUGCACAGGUUAGUGCGGAAAGGAAAGUUACUUUCGAUCAUGGUAAAGAAGGUUCAAUUGCUGAAGAUUGUUUUUUUAGCAUGAUUGCUUAUAAAUAUGGAUAUACAUUCGAUUUUAUCGAAGGUGAAAUGCACGAAAAAAGUCCAUUCACUUUCAUGGAUUUUUUGCAACAGCGGAAAAGGUGGCUACAAGGUAUAUAUCUGACCGUUCAUUCCAAGCGGAUCCCUAUUACAAAAAAGAUUUUACUAGCUUUAUCUUUCUAUGCUUGGGCAACGAUGCCGUUCACCUCAUUACAACUUUACUUAUUUCACUCUUUUCCACUUCCCAAAUGUUUUAUUUUUGAUUUUAUGGUUGGUUUCGUCGCUGCAGUUAUUCUUUAUAUGUAUAUCUAUGGUGUUAUCAAGAAUUUUUCAAAUAAAUACAAGAAAAAUCCUUUACGGCUUUGCUUAUAUUUGGCUUGUGUUCUACUCAUAAUACCUUUCAAUGUUUUAGUCGAAAAUUUAGCUGUUAUAUGGGGAAUUUUUUCGCAUAAGAAUAAUUUCUAUGUUGUUAAAAAAUAUGUUGAAACUUCACAGUACAUUGCAGAAUGUUGA